UCAGUUGGCCAAAAAUGUCACGGAUUUUGGUUGUGUGUCUGGUGCUCCUCGGAGUGGGCUGUUCCCUGGCAGAUCCUAUCAGCCGCAACGAGGAGAUCCAUGUACCCAAGCUAGAUGGACGCAUUGUGGGUGGACAGGACACGAACAUCACCGCCUAUCCGCAUCAGAUCUCGAUGAGGUACAGGGGCAAUCACCGAUGCGGAGGCGCCAUUUACAGAUCAAACCAGAUCAUCAGCGCUGCCCAUUGUGUGAACACCUUGACCAGUCCGGAAGACCUCACCAUUGUGGCUGGUUCCUCGAACAUCUGGUUCCCCACCGGUCCGCAGCAGGAGCUGGCCGUCCGUGAGUUCAUCAUUCAUCCCAAGUACCGCGCACUGUACUACGACUACGAUGCGGCCAUUCUGAUCCUGGAUGGCGACUUCGAGUUCAACGACGCAGUGCAGCCAAUUGAGUUGGCCAAGGAGCGUCCCGAUCAUGAUACACCCGUCACCGUGACGGGCUGGGGAUACACCACCGAAGGUGGAACCCUCUCCGACGUCCUGCAGGAGGUCAGCGUCAAUGUGGUGGACAACCCGAACUGCAAGAAAGCCUAUCCCUUAACGCUGACCAGCCGUAUGCUCUGCGCCGGAGCACCCGGCGGCGGAAAGGAUGCGUGCCAGGGAGAUUCCGGAGGACCGCUGGUCUACAACAACACACUCCUGGGCAUUGUCUCCUGGGGAACGGGCUGUGCCCGUGAGAAGUAUCCCGGUGUCUAUUGCUCCGUUCCGGAUGUAAGCGAUUGGCUGGAGGAGACCUUGGCGGAAAAGGAGAGUGUGGGCAAAAUCGACUUCCUGUGAUCUUAAGUCAAACAUCUUGUAACUGCCUCGUACAAGUCCGAGCUUUUUAUAUCUGCGAAUUACAUAAGAAGUGACCAAUGCAGGCGAUAA